UUGGCCACUCGAGGACUCUAUUAUUCUCUAUGGUGAAGAGCAACUGCAAAAACUUGCAGUUGACUGCAGUCAAAACGUCAUGACCUUUGAUCGCAUAAUUUUUGUGAAGUUCAUGUUGUCAGCAUGUAGGCGCAAAUCGGGCAAUUUUUAACCACUUAAUGCAAUGCAUUUUGAAAGUCGACUUGACAAAAGUGAUCCGCUGAACGUACCCAUGAACAGGAUCGCAAUCUGCAGAGAGGAGAAAUCAAUCAUAGCUCACUGUGUUUCGGGCUCUGCUGUUCAGUCAUAGCUCACUGUGUUCAGGCUCUGCUAUUCUCAUGUAGUGCACUGGAUAAAGUUUGCACGGUCCGGAAUGCGCGAGACCAAAUUCGUCUAUUGGUUGGGUCAACAAUAUUUAUCGUUGUAUUGAGUUUUAGGCACCACCAGCAUCACUAGUACCACGCAAACGAGGAAACCGAAGUUACGACGGGCUUGUUUGUCUGCAUUCUGCAGGGAAUGUUUCCCAAGGAGAGACCCACUUUCUACCGACAGGAGCUCAACAAGACGAUAUGGGAGGUCCCGGAGCGGUACCAGACCCUGUCCCCGGUCGGCUCGGGAGCCUACGGGUCCGUCUGCUCGUCGUAUGACGUGAAGUCGGGACUGAAGAUAGCGGUGAAGAAGCUGUCGAGGCCGUUCCAGUCCGUCAUCCACGCUAAGAGGACCUACAGAGAACUACGACUCCUCAAACACAUGAAACACGAGAACGUGAUCGGCCUGUUGGAUGUGUUUACGCCCGCUACCAGCCUAGAGGAGUUCAACGAUGUGUACCUGGUGACCCACCUGAUGGGGGCGGACCUCAACAAUAUUGUCAAGUGUCAGAAACUGACGGACGACCACGUUCAGUUCCUGAUAUACCAGAUCCUCCGGGGUCUCAAGUAUAUCCAUUCAGCAGACAUCAUCCACAGAGAUCUGAAGCCCAGUAACUUGGCAGUGAAUGAGGACUGUGAGCUCAAGAUCCUGGACUUUGGUUUGGCGAGACACACUGAUGAUGAGAUGACGGGUUACGUAGCAACCAGGUGGUACCGCGCCCCAGAGAUCAUGCUUAACUGGAUGCACUACAACAUGACAGUUGACAUCUGGUCGGUGGGCUGCAUAAUGGCGGAGCUGCUAACCGGAAGGACGUUAUUCCCCGGCACCGACCAUAUUAACCAGCUGCAGCAGAUCAUGAGGCUGACAGGUACACCCCCGGCCUCUGUCAUUAGCCGGAUGCCCAGCCACGAGGCCAGAAACUACAUUAACUCCCUUCCCCAGAUGCCCAAGAGGAACUUUGCUGAUGUGUUCAUUGGCGCUAACCCACUAGCGGUGGAUCUAUUAGAGAAGAUGUUGGUUCUGGACACUGAUCAGCGGAUCACAGCGUCAGAGGCCCUGGCCCACCCCUACUUCUCCCAGUACCACGACCCAGACGAUGAACCAGAGUCUGAGCCAUACGACCAGAGCUUUGAGAGCCGUGAACUGGAGAUAGAGGAGUGGAAAAGGUUGACCUAUGAGGAGGUUUGCAGCUUCGAGCCCCUGCCAUUCGACGGAGACGAGAUGGAGUCCUGAGGGAACUAGGGUGAUGUCAUUGAUAAUCUUGCUGCCUUCUCCUUCUCUUAUGGAAUUGUGUUGAGGAGGAAAUGGCAUGUAGACAUUGAACUCGGACCAGUUAUGCGUUUCCUCCACUAAUGGUUUAGGUUAGGUUCUUGGAGUAGGUUGAGCUUAUCUUAGAUCAGAAUUUAGAGGCAACUUCCUCCCAGAGUACACAACCUUGUGUGAGGACCAUCAACUCUCCGGACUAUUUAACAAACAAAUGGGAAACCACAACAUUCAAGUGUCUGUUGUCGUUCAUUUCCGGGGUCAUUCUCGGGUUAGAGAUCAAGGGUUAAAGGUGACCGACCCCACCCUCCCGCUUGCUGUAUUAUAUUAUAUUGUCUAUGUUUUGGUCUCUGGGCCGAACUGGGGAAAUUACUUUGUAAUAUUGUAUCUACUGUUUGUGUGUUUAGAAUAUCUGUUAAGUUAGCUUCAGAUUUUCACAUGAUUUGCGAAAAAGUAUCUUAUUAAAUAAAUUCCUGGAAAUGGUGCUCAGUUCCAUAUGGCAAAAACAAUCAACCACAUUAUUUAAUUUCACAAACCACUGGUACCUUCAAACAUUUAUUUAUGAUUUUAGGUUGGUUAGUGUAUAGCCAGAUGUUAUUUUACCUCCUUUUGGAUGGAAUUCAGUAGGAAACCCAACAGUGUAAAUCACCUCUGCCCUUCUCUGACAAAAGUUCUGUCUCUACAGUCAAACUGUACGCUGUUUUUAUGCCUGCCAGGGUUUUACAUAUGUAAAUAAGGCUGCACUCUUGUAAAUAAAUGAUACUAUGCACACAGUAAUACUACCGAGAAGUCGCUAUUAUAAUCAAGCACAUAGCCCCACCCACCCUUCUCUCACUGAUUAGAACACUGCCCCUUGUGACAGGAACCGUUUAGGAAUGACUGGCAGGUUCCAUGCCCAAUCAGGUGGAUUUUUCUUAGAAUGGUGUGUCCCUUAUGAAAAUGACGAUACAACCUUUUGAUGUCCAUCUUUUCUCUCUAAUUCAAUCACGCAGAAAGAGAGAGGGGGUAUAGGACUGGGGAGUUUUGUAUUUGCUUAUCCUGCCCCUUUUAACUUAUUUCAUCUAUUUUUUUUCUACCCAUCUCUGUGUUUCUUUUUCACUCCAUCUUUGUAUCAUUGCCUCCUCGAACACUUGUUACGCUGUCCUGUCCUCUGUUCUGUGUGUAGUCUAUUAGAAGUGAGGGGGGGGGGGGUCUUAUCUCACUGUCACAAAAGGAUAUUUGUUAAAUCAAAUCAAAUUUUAUUUGUCACAUACACAUGGUUAGCAGAUGUUAAUGCGAGUGUAGCGAAAUGCUUGUGCUUCUAGUUCCGACAAUGCAGUGAUAACCAACGAGUAAUCUAACCUAACAAUUCCACAACUACUACCUUAUACACACAAGUGUAAGGGGAUAAAGAAUAUGUACAUAAAGAUAUUUGAAUGAGUGAUGGUACAGAACAGCAUAGGCAAGAUGCAGUGGAUGGUAUCGAGUACAGUAUAUACAUAUGAGAUGAGUAAUGUAGGGUAUGUAAACAAGGUGGCAUAGUUUAAAGUGGCUAGUGAUGCAUGUAUCACAUAAAGAUGCAGUAGAUGAUAUAGAGUAUAGUAUAUACAUAUACAUAUGAGAUGAGUAAUGUAGGGUAUGUAAACAUAUUAUAUUAAGUGGCAUUGUUUAAAGUGCUAGUGUUACAUUUUUACAGUAAUUUCCAUAAAUUUCCAUUAUUAAAGUGGCUGGAGUUGAGUCAGUAUGUUGGCAGCAGCCACUCAAUGUUAGUGGUGGCUGUUUAACAGUCUGAUGGCCUUGAGAUAGAAGCUGUUUUUCAGUCUUGGUCCCUGCUUUGAUGCAUCUGUACUGACCUCGCCUUCUGGUUGGUAGCGGGGUGAACAGGCAGUGGCUCGGGUGGUUGUUGUCCUUGAUGAUCUUUUUGGCCUUCUUGUGACAUCGGGUGAUGUAGGUGUCCUGGAGGACAGGCAGUUUGCCCCCAGUGAUGCAUUGUGCAGACCUCACUACCCUCUGGAGAGCCCUACAGUUGUGUGUGUGUGUGUGUGUGUGUGUGUGGAGAGCAGUCUGGGAAAUGAACCUGAACACUCUGUAAUGUUCACAACCACAUAUACUUUGAACUCGCGAGAAGUGGGAGAUGCGGUGAAGAAACACUGGCAUAUUUUAUCAUCGGACCCAGCUUUGCCGGCUGAAUUUAAAAAUCCACCCCUUAUUUGUGUAUAGGAGAGGUCGCAAUUUACGCAAUAAAUUGGUUCAUGCCAACUGCCAGUCACAAAAGAAAAUCAGCCAGGCUCUUUUACGCCCCCUUCCAAAUGGUAGCUAUAGAUGCAGAGGAUGCGCACAGUGUAACAAUAUGAUGAAGUGUGAAUAUUUCUGACACCCACAUACUUGGAAAUGGUUUCAAAUAAAUUACAUUAUUAUGUGUUCCACCACCCAUGUUAUUUACAUUAUUAAAUGUCCAUGUGGGCUGUGCUAUGUCGGUAAAACCUCUCGUUCAAUCAAACAGAGAAUCAGUGAACAUAAAAGUUCAAUCAGGAGAAACGAAAGGGAUUAUCCAGUCGCAGUACAUUUUAAUGACCUAAAGCAUGACAUUUCUACCUUUUUUAGAUUUUGUGGCAUAGAGAAUGUUAAGAUAUCAGACAGUGGAGGUGACAUUAAUAAUACUCUGAGUAAAAGAGAAUGUUUUGGGAUUUUCACCCUCCAGACAUUAUUUCCUCAAGGUCUUAAAGAUGAAAUGCCUAUGUAUGUUAUGUUGUGAAUUUGAACAUGAAUUAUGCCCCUAUUUAAGAUUACUUUGAUGUUUUUCGUACGAUGUACCCCCAAUGAUUUUUUUUAAAAACUUGCUCGGUAGGUCUAUGUCCUCAUUGUGGUUUUACAGACGUGUUUAAAACGUCUUAUUUACACACUUUAUUUGAAUAUUUAUGAAAUGCAUAUUGUUAUAUUUGGUAGCACUUACUUAUUUUUCCUUUGCCUCCAACCCCCUUCGAUGCGUGGAACGGAUGUGGGUGGGGCUAGGUCUACAUAAAGGUGCUAAAUUGAAAAAAACUCACAAAAGCUCUGACGAAGGCCGUGAGGCUGAAACGUAAGCUUAUUAAAGAUCAGUGAUACUAUCAAGAGCA